AAUGCGUGCGUAAAAAAACGCCAAAAACGUGGCCAAUCGGGACUCGGUGGAGAAAGUUGACCACAGCUGUCCGUAAAUCUUCUGCCCACCAUAUCAACAGAUGACAGAAAUCAAAACCAGCACGUGAACAUAUGCGUCACUGGUACAGGACGCCCCACCUACCCCCGCAACUCCCAAACGCACGGCGCCCACGGACUUUCCAUUCCACACACUGCACCCUCCCCCUGACACCAGCGGAGGCAGACAGGCUGAUCCAAGGUCCGCGCACAAAGACCACUUCCACUGCAUCUGUCAGAGGAGAGCUAGCAUGGACUAACCCCGGGACUAAAGCCUACACUCCCCGGUCUGAUCAUGCAGCAAUGAGGCUUUUCACAGGCGUCACAAACCUCCAGGCUUCAAAGAGGGGAGAACCGAGACCAAUUAUCUGUUAGAAAAGAAAAAAAAACAACAACAACAGAAUAACAGAGAGGGAGAACCCGGAGAGGAGUGCAUGUUACUCGGCGGGAUUCAUUUCCUUCAUGGUGCAGAGCCGGAGCUGGAUGACAUGAUGCUGCAGAGUCCGCUCACCUCCACGCCGUUUUCUGUCAAGGAUAUCCUUAAACUGGAGCAGCAGCAGCAGCAGCAGGAGCUCCAGCACCGGGUCCACACCCAGCAGCACUUGGCCGGAUCUCCUCCUCCUCUCCAGCCGCAGCAGCAGCAGCAUUUCCAGAGCCCGCCGUCCUGCAUAUUUGCAGGGACCCGGGACAGCUCGUCCUUCUCGGACGGGGAGGACAAUCUGGCCUAUUUGAGCGCGCUGGCGGUGCGGGAGGAGGACCGUCUGUCCCCGGACAUGUAUCUGCACCACCCGGGCCUGCAGGGAGCCAGCAAGGUGGAGGCCGCCGAGCUGGAGGAGCAGGAGAGCAAGAGCUGCGGGCUCGUGUCCCGGGAAGACGCAGCAGAGGGCGGCCAGGUGGACUCAGAGAGGCCGCUGCAGAAGCAGAGGAGCCGGCGGAGACCCAGGGUGCUCUUCUCCCAGGCGCAGGUCUUCGAGCUGGAGAGACGCUUCAAGCAGCAGCGCUACCUGUCCGCACCGGAGCGCGAGCAUCUGGCCACGACUCUCAAGCUCACCUCGAACCAGGUCAAGAUCUGGUUCCAGAACCGGCGCUACAAGUGCAAACGGCAGCGGCAGGACAAGUCCCUGGAGGCGGCGGGGCAGCAGCAGCAGCACCAUCACCCGCCGCCUCCGCCGCGACGCGUCGCCGUGCCGGUGCUGGUCCGAGACGGGAAGCCCUGUCUCGGGGGCGCGCAGAGCUACGCCGCGGCCGCAGCCGCUGCGCCUUACACGUCCAACCCGUACAGUUACAACGGAUACCCGGCUUACACCUACAACAGCCCGGCGUACAACAGCAACUACAGCUGCACGUACACCAGCCUCCCGGCGCUGCCCCCCUCCAGCACCAACAACGCCUUCAUGAACGUGAACCUGGGGAACGUGAGCGGCCUCGGCGGCUCCGCACAGGCGCAGGCGCACCAGGGGACCGCGGUCACGUCCUGUCAGGGCUCCCUGCAGGGAAUCCGAGCCUGGUAACCCAGCCGCGGCCCAACGGGUCCAGCAUUUACGGAGACUUGAAGCUCUUUCAUCAAUUCCACCAAAAACACACUGCCUUUAAACAGCGCCACCCUUUGGUUCUUACACUCAGAAAACAGUGUUGCUCGUGUUUUUUGGAGUCAGAUUAAAAAAUGUGGCUGAAAGUGCAGCCUCCUCCCGGUGCUGAGGAACCGGCUAAAGACGUGCUCUUGUUGGAGUCCCGGGUUGCCGCACGAUGACUGCGGACAUCGAACCUUCUUCUGUGAACUCCAAAUGUGGAUUUUGAUUGAUAAAACACUGUUUCUUUUAACUUUGUAUAUUUUUUAGAUUAUGUAUGAAACGAUUUAAUUUUUGUUGUUGUUGUUUAACAGAGAAUUGUUUGCGUCUAUUUCAUAUAAAUAUAUUCAAAUAAAUACAAGAAAUAACAGACGCUGCGUUUUCUAAUUUUGUAAAAAAAAAAAAAAUUAACCACAUUAACAAAUAUUAAGAUUUCAGAGGUGGGGGUCGAAAUACACGUUUUACUAUGUUAACUGAAA